CAAAGACCACCAGCGCCAUGAGAGCUGUCCACUUCUGCGUUCUGCUCGGGACUCUCCUUGCCCUUCUGGCUCAUCACAGUGAGGCUCUUCAGUGCUACACCUGCAUGGGCUCCACGGAUGAUGACUGCAACCGACAGGGCUCCAAAACAUGCCCAGACUACUCAGACGCCUGCGCCGUGGUCCGCGGUCAUGGCAGUGGGGUAAUGAAGUCAUGUUCCUACAAGUCCUUCUGUAGUCAGGCAAACAGCCAGGGUUACCGGGCUCCAGGGGUCAAAGUUCACUGCUGCUACGCCAAUGACUGUAACCUGUCAGGCCAUGCCACCCGACUGAACGGAGGUGCUAGCUAUCUGUUAGUCGCUCUGCCAGUGCUGUUGCGUCUUCUCUGGAACUAAACCCACCACGUCCCUCAGAACCAGCCCCAGUCUCUGCCCAAGCCCAUAAUGACACCAGCAUCAGAUACUCCUAAGGAACUCUAAUUACACCACUGAGUGGUGGAGACCUCUCUGCCAGACCAUAACCUUAACUAUGUUCACAAUAAUUAAUAUGCAAAUCAAAUACUUACCCCCAAUGCAAUACUGCUCAGUAAUGAAAUAUGUUUAAGGUUGACAUUUUUAAAUACUAAAUGUAAAGUAGCUUUUUGUAUUUUAUUUAUUCAUGAUGUCUUUAUAGUAUAAGUUCAUGAUGUACUUGUUCUUGGUAGAACUUUGAAAAGGAACUCAUUUUGUGCUAAGCCUAAAGCCUUUUAGAGGCCAUGGUCAGGUGUUGGAAGCCCAGUUAAUCCACAUAACUUUGGGAAACUAAGAACAUGGGAAUCUACCUGAGCACCCCGACAGGGAAGAAAGAAAGCAAAACAAGUGGCAAAAGUGGAAGGAAGAUAGGAAGAGGGAAAAGUAUAGGGAGAUAAGUGACAAACAGGGAGAAAGUGCUAGUGAUUCUGCAGUGAUGAGCUGGGGCUUACAAUUGUAUUAUACAUAUGGAUGGAUAUUCAAGUAUACUCACAUAUAUUACAAAACAGACUCCAUUUGCGAAAACAUUAGCGACACAUGCUGCUCAAACCUCCCUGGACUCUACCAACUGCCCACACAUGUGAAUACUGAUAGACUUAC